AUUAAGGUUAGCGGCGCCCGGGGGAGUUCGCUUUUGUCGUGGAAAACUGAACUAACCAACAUACGAUGUCGCACUUCCCCAGGCGGUGAGGAUGUUGCGGACCACACUCUCGGGGCGGUCUUCCAGGACCUUGCUGAUGCUCAGCUUGGCAGCGAACGCCAUCCUUUUACUCGUCGGUUCCUACGUCUUCACCGGGAGGGGCGGCGGCUGCGAGGAGGGACAAUAUCCGGCCUAUCAUCGGUUUCUCCCUCCGCAGAGCCUGCAUUUCAACGCCUCCAGCCUGACCCAGGCCGUUCAGGAGACUGUGUUCGUCGGCGGUGUCCCGCGGAGCGGAACGACGUUGGCUCGCGCCAUGCUGGACGCUCACCCAGACGUUCGGUGCGGGGAAGAGACGCGGGUCAUCCCGCGCAUGAUCAGCAUGCGGAGUCGCUGGAGCAAGUCUCAGAAGGAGAGUAGCCGACUCAGGGAGGCCGGAAUCAGCGAAGAGACGCUCGACGGAGCCACGCGCGCCUUUAUAUCCGAGAUUAUCCUCAACCACGGCAAGAGCGCCAAGUACCUGUGCAACAAAGACCCUCUAGUGCUCAACUACGUGCAGGAUCUCUCGCGGAUAUUCCCUCGCUCAAAGUUCGUGCUCAUGAUCCGCGACGGCCGAGCCGUGGCAUACUCAAUUGUCAGUCGAAACGUGACCAUAUCAGGCGUGGACUCGAAGAGCUACCUUUCAGCCGCUCUCUUCUGGAAUAAAGUGGUCCAACGAAUGAGCACUGACUGUGUGAACCACCGCAAGAGGUGUCUCAUGAUUCACUACGAGGACUUGGUCUCGAAUCCCCGGAAAUGGAUGACAAAACUCCUCGAUUUUUUGGGAAUUCCCUGGCACGAAAAUGUACUCCACCACGACCAGUUUAUCAAUUCCGAAGUGUUCUUAUCAAAGUUGGAGCCCUCCUCCAGCCAAGUACGUAGAGAGGUCAACACGGAGUCAGUGGAGAAAUGGCGACAGAAGAUGCCGGUGGACAUUCAGAAGGAGAUAUACAAAAAGUGUGACUUGCUCAAGGAGCUUGGAUAUCCACCCUAGACUUACGCCUUGUCUCAGCUAGCCCUAUUUUCCACUCAGUCUGUUUUAACUCCACUCACUUUGUCAUAGGGUAUUUCAUAUAAUACUCCAC